UACAGGACUAUUGCAUACCAACCAAGUGGAUACAAUAAGAACUGCGCGUUAAAACCAACUCUUCAAAACGGCAUUAAACAGGACUUAUUAAAAUAAGGACUUAUAUUUUUUAUUUCAUACAGCGAUUUACUUUGGAAAUUGUCGGCAACUUUCGUCUACAAGGCUUUUAUAUUUGAAGAGAAGAUGUUGAAAGUUUACCUCACGUUGGUUUUGUUGGCGGCUGCUGUUUUCGCUGAAUCGGUACGAGAAACGGAAACGUGGGUACCUCUGAAAAAUAAGUCGCCCCAUGAGGGCCUGGAGUCCUCAGGUGACUCCCCAAAUGGAGAUUUUGAGUUCACCAACAUCACUCCGACCACCGAUGAUGAGGAUGGCUUUGACGAUGGGGACAACGAUGAUGAUGAUGACGAUGAUGAGAUGUCAGGCUCUGGAGAUGUAGGAAUAACAGAUGAAGACUUGAAGAAUGUAAUCGAUAAUUGGAUCCCUGAUUCUGAUAUGCCGGUUCCUCCGAAACCCACUAUUGACGAAAGAGUUCUGGUCAAGAACAACGAGGUCCUGCUUCGUGCACCAAGCCAAGAUAUUUACCAAAACAAUAAUAAUGUGCUCAUGUCCCAAGCUGACGAUGACAGCAUAUUCCGCAAUAAAGAAGUGCUUGCCGCUGUUAUUGCGGGAGGAGCAGUCGGUCUCAUCUUCGCCGUCGUCCUCAUCGUCCUCCUCGUUCACUUCGUUCUCCGAAUCAAGAAAAAGGACGAAGGAAGUUACGAACUCAGCAAGACGCCCAUCUACAAGAAAGCCCCCACCGCGGAAAUCUACGCAUGAGCAUACACACACAUUCUCUUACUCCUUUGAACUAUAAGCUCACACAGUGCCUCGCCCUAACGGGUCGCCACCAACCACAGGAAGACCUCACACGAAUAAUUAUUCAGACUGGACUUUUGCAUUGAAAUCACAUCAAUCGUAACGGGACAUGGAGAGGAGGGUGCCUGUUGCCAAACCGCUCCGUUUAAAAGAUGUUUCUUGUCUUGUUGUUUCCGCACCCUCUCGUUUUGCUGAAGUUUAUCGACUUUUUAAUCGCACGCUCUCCUGCGUCUAUUAUUUUAAAACACUACAUGGCGCAACGGAGCAUUUGCCGGUUGAAGGGUUUAGGUCGCCGUUUGACAAUUCGACCACCCACGUCGGUGUCGAGAUCGGUGCUACGAGGGGUGGUCACUGUAGCCUUUUUUUUGUUUUGCAAUGUUUUUUGUUUGUUUUUAAAUCUGUGUGCUGUAAAAAUUUUUAAUUUUCUUAUUAAACGUCAGGGGUGAAACCAAACUGAGCACACGCAGUAUAUCUUUGUUGUCGUGCUACGGUGUACUGUAUUAAACGUAUACCCAUUUCAGCCAUGGUGUUUGAGGAUAAUGUACAUUCCACGUUUUGCAUGUGGUAAAUUGUGAGACUAGACCCACUACAUUGCUGCUGGACUGUCAGCUAAGCUACUUUAAGGUACAGACAUCAUGCUGUCUUUUGAUUCAAUAUCGGUUCAUUGCGACAGAUAUUCAACAUCCAGGGAUCUGUAAAUAGCCAUUUAAAUAAAAUAUGAAACUUCGGUACUUCUUGACAGCCUUUUAUUUACCAAAUAUUUAAAUGCCAAAAUUGAUUUUUCAUUUUCUUUUUUGCAUCCCGGUAUUCGCUUUGGCACAGAUCUGUUUGUGAUAAACAGAUACUCGCGUCUGUAGCUUUACAAUAAUGUUUGAGAACGAUGACCAAUGCUAGUACUAACUUUUGUCUUUUUUCAGUGUUUUGUAGAUGUUCUUAAUUCUCAUUUUAUUUUUUAUUAAUUUAACUGUCAUAUUUUAUUGCCUGCCUUCAGGUCGGGGCUUUCCCCUUAUCAGCUGUUGUACAUGUGAUUAUUUUAUUUUAUUUUUUAGUUUUUUUAUAUAUAAAUAUAUAAACAGUAGUGCAGAAAAAAUUAAAGGUUGUUAGUUAUUCAACAGAGAUUUUUCAAAAGAGUUUUUAUUUCUUUUAGACAUUUUAAGCCGAAUCUAUUUAUGUUUUGUAGAAGGAUGUUCUGGAUUAGAUGAGACAAACGUGAAUGAGCCGUGUGGCGAAAGAUGAAUAGCAAAUCUGCUGCUUUGUUUUGGUCGCAUCCAGAUAAAAUCGCUGAUCUUAUGAAGAAGUCAAUGAAUCAUUGAUUUCAACAUGCAGGUUCUGAUCUGUUGAAAAUAAAGCUAUUUUAUGCACAUAA